AUGCCGUCCAAUUCGCGCAAGGGUAACACGUGGGCUCUCGGAAAGGGUAAUCGCGGGUUCGAAUCUGAACUGUGUUUCCUGUUUUUCAAAUAUUUCAGCAUCAUAAUGGUCGUAUUUCACAUCGUACCCGAGUCAAUUUAUGAGGAGGAUCAAGUCCUCAAGCAGCAGUUGAAUCUACAUGCGACAUUCGAACACCUUCGUGGAUGA